AAUAGCGAUUUCUUCUUCACGCUGUUCUCACAUGGAAACCUAAACAUGGAGAAUUCAAGCACAGAGAACGUAAUUGAUGGCCAGGACCAAGAUGAGACCAAAUGUGAAACCGAGAAAAAGGAAUUGGAUAUUAAUAAUACAGAGUUUCAGAUUGAAACGAAUGGUGAUCAGAGCUCAGGUGAUCAGAGCUCCGGUCCUCAGCUCAGACCAACAGAUGAAACCUUCGCCAGUGGACAGUCUGAACAAAUAGAAGAUCAGAGCUCCAGCAUUCAGUCUGAACAAACAGGAGAUCAGUGCAGCAGGGGCCGGCUUGGACCAGCAGAAGGUCCGUACACCUGUGAUCAGUCUAUAGACACUGGACAUCAGAGCUCCAGUACUCCAUCUGAACAAACUGGUGAACAGAACUCAAGCGGUCAACUUGUACCACCAUCAGAACUGUGCACCAGUGAUCUUUCUGGACUGGCAGGAGAUCAGAUGUCCAUUGUUCAGUCUGAACAAACAGGUGAUCAGAGCUCCAGCAUUCAGUCUGAACAAACGGGUGAUCAGAGCUCCAGCAUUCAGUCUGAACAAACAGGCGAUGAGAGCUCCAGCGUUGAGACUGGACCUGCAGAGAUGCAGUGUGGAAUUGUGGUUAGUCCACACUCUGGCACUGGGUCAUUGGCUUUGUUGAGCAUGCAGUACAGAGGAAACAGCUCGGAUGACAACUGUUCAGACAGUGACUCAGACUCUUCGUCCUCCACAUCGUCCUCUUCAUCGUCCUCAUCCUCUUCUUCCUCUGAGCCUCUUGAGGUAGUGGUGAAGAAUGCAGAUGAAGACGAUGAAGUUGUUGCAGUGAGCAAUGAGAAGAAGCCAGUACCACUGAAAAUCCAUGAUGAGUUGCUUAUCGAGGACCUUCCUGCAGUGGAGAACCUGAUCAUCAGCCUUCCACAGGAUACAGAGAUGGAGCCCGUUGGCACAAUAUCAAGCAUUGUGGAGCAAUUAGUGAUCGUGGAGUCAUACAAGAACACACCAGCACUGAAUGAAGACAGUGUGUUGUUCAGCAAAAACAGAAACUCUGUUGGCAAGGUCUUUGAAGUCUUCGGGCCGGUUUGUCAGCCCUACUACGUUUUGAGGUUCAACUCCCAUGACGAUAUCGACCAGAAAGAUCUCAAAAUUCGAGACCCGGUUUACUUCGCCCCUAAAAUUAAAGAUUUCACAGACUACGUCUUUACAGAGCGACUUCAAAAGACCAAAGGCUCAGAUGCAUCCUGGAAGAAUGACCAGGAACCACCCCCUGAGGCACUUGACUUUAGUGAUGAUGAGCAAGAGAAGCUGGCCAAACAGAAGCUGAAAGAGAAAAAGAGACGGCAGCAAAACGAUUCUGACUCAGAGGAUGAAUCGGACGUCCAUAAAGAGCCUCAAAAAGCAGGCCGGCGGAAGCCCAGACAGAACCGCAACGUUCCCCGUGGGCAGCACCACAAUCGUGGCGGCGGUUUUCAUAGCAACUAUCACGCUCACCCCCACUUCCAACCUGACUACAUGUUCCGCCAUCAGGAUCCACACAUGUUUCCUUUCCAGCGCCCAAUGAUCCCACCCUUUCCCAGACCUCCACCCUUUCACAUGGGCAUGAACCCGUGGCCCCCAGGGCCCAAUCAGGGCUUUAUGUUUCAGCCCCCACCUCCACCACCACCACCACCACCACCAUUUAAUCAAUAAACCUAUGACUGAAUCCUCUUCAUAACCUGCACCCUUAAAUUGAUCACAGUCUUUGCAUACUAAUAUAACUAUAUACAGGUGUGGAUCAAACUUAACUGUAUAUUGUUAGUGCAACUUUUCAUUUUGUAUUAAAAAUGAUUAAUUUCUUUA